AUGAACUGCGGCGAAGGGGAGGGGAGCGUCUGGCAGUUCCUGCGCCGCCGUCGCGAAGACAGCCCCGCUCUCUUGCGCCUUGAACGCCAUUGCGCCGUGCAGCACGCGCACAAGGCUGGCCGGAUCCACCCGGCGGCGUGUGUCGCCGCGGCACGUAACAAUGGCACGAACAACCAUGAGUUACGGUCACCCGGCGGGGUGCUCGGUGGACGGUCAUCCUGCCAUGGGAGCGCAGGUGGACGACCUCUUGGCGGGGAUGGGCUUCUUCGACCAGCGUUGGGGCCGCCUCGCCAGAGCGACCAGACUAGCGUGGGCUCGCGGCGCGAGCUGCAUUUGAGCCAUCGCGCGGAACACCGCGCGGCGACGUUUCGCCGCGUCUGGGUCGUCUCGUGGGGACGGUCGUGGAGACGCGCAUGCGAUCCCAAGCCAACGGCACAAUUGGGCAUCAUGUGGCCAGGCGGUCAGCAGGCAGCGCGCGACUCCUUCAUGGUGUGCGCGCGUGCAAAUUCGUCUGUCAAGGACGGUGCCAAUGAGGGCGCCAAGGACCGGAGAAGAUUGUUACAGCGUGGAGCGGCACACAUGAGCGGCAGCAGCGGCUCGCAGACGGAAGGUCAGGCAAGCUGGGGAAUUGGUCGAGCAAGCGACCGUGGCUGA